UUUUUUUUUAUAGCAAAUUUCUCUCACGCUCGACACUCGACUACUAUAUUUUUUUUAGACAACCGAAGCUGGCGGGAGGUAGGAAACACGAAGUUGUGCGUUGCCCCUGCAAAGAAGAGAACUUUUAAGGUAUAGAUUUAUUUAAGACGAUACUAAUAAUAUGGCAACAUUGGAUGACAAACUCCUUGGUGAGAAGAAGCAGUAUUAUUACAGUAGCAGUGAGGACGAAGGAGGGCAGGCAUCGGAUGAGGAACAGACAAAGGAUGAAGCGACAGAGAAGCAGGCUGCAGUCAAGGAGCCGGUCUUCAUCCCGAACGAUGAGCUGGGCUCUCGCUCAGCCACCAAAACUGGUCCGAAAGGGGUGAUAGCAGACUGGAGGAGGUAUAAGCAACUAGAGAAUGAAAAACGGGAACAACAAGAAGCAGAGAGGAAAGCCUUACAUAAAAAACUUGCAUUAACAUGUCGGUCUCAUCUUGACGAGGAAGAGUCGAAGAAGAAAGAGGCAGAACAUGGCGUUGUUUUGGAUGAUGAAUUCUUAAGGAAGUACCGAGAGGAGAGGUUAAGGGAAAUGAGGAUAGCAUCACAACAUUCACCAACCUUUGGUAAAGUUGUAAAUUUAGAAGGUGAUGAAUACGUAGACGCCAUUGAUAAUGAGAACGCUAUGGUUACGGUUAUGGUGCAUAUUUAUUUGGACAAUAUUGCAGCAUGUAAUGCUCUGAACGGGUGUUUUCAUUGCUUAGCGAAAGAAUAUCCUAAAGUUAAGUUCUGUACAGUAAGGGCGGACAAGGUUCAAGUUAGCAAAUCUUUUUCAACUAGUGCAUUACCAGCUCUUCUCAUCUAUAGAGGGGGUAAUGUUAUUGGUAAUUUUGUCAGGGUUUCUGAUGAACUAGGUGAAGAUUUUUACUCAGUUGAUUUGGAAGCAUUUCUUCAACAACAUAGUUUAUUGCCAAGUAAAGAAGAACAAGAAAUGUUAACGUCUAGUAUCCGAUGCAGUUCUAAGGAUGGCAAUGAUAGUGAUCUUGAAUUAGACUAAAAGUUUAUGUCUGAAACUAACAUAGCAUGGGGUAUAGAAAGUUGAGUCAGACAUGUCUGACAGUGUCUGGUCAGAUAUAUCUGUCUGUUUGUUCUGACGUGUCUGACAGUGCUUGGUCUGAUGUCUGAUAAUGUUUGUUCAAACAUUUGUCAGUGUUUAGUCAGACAUGCCUGUCAUUGAUCAGACACAGAGACAGUGUUUUAUCAUAUCUUCGACAAUGUUUAGUCAGAUAUAUUUGUCAGUGUUUGCUCUGACAUGUAUGACAUUGUUUGA